GUCAUUGAAUUACCAAAUUUUGGUGACUCAUAAUCUCUAUAAAUUAAAGUUCUAAUAAUAUGAAACAGGAAGCGAUGAUAUGGUUUUGGCAAACAGGAACAUUUUUAAUGGGAUAGAUUUAUCAACUCCUAUUUCAAUCAAAGAUGCCUCAUUCAUAAACAUGGAAACAAUAGGUUUGAAAACUUUGUAAACUAUGGCAAACUCAAUGGAUGAAAACUAUGCAAAUGCAGAUUUGAAAAAGAAAGAAACUCAUCAAAUUGACACUAGUAAAAAUACGAUCACCAUAAAAGCGGAGAAUGUCUACAUUUCGGGCAAUAAGCAUAAUAUUAGCUCAUCUUCUUGUAUAAGUAUACAUUGUGGAGAUAGCGAAUCAAACUCUGAGUUUGUAUUAGAGAGUAGUGAUAUAUCUGAUGACAAAAAUGAUGACACGAUAAAUUUCUGUCAGCCACAAUUUAAAGAACCACUAAGUCGUUCGACCUUUUAUGUGCCAACUCCAAAUGAGGACAUAGUUCAGUUAAGGUUGGAUGGCAUCCCAAAGACUAAAAGAACAGAUAUAGCGAAAUCAGAUCCUCUUCCCAAAAAGUCUGCUUGUGAACAUGUCCCUAGUGCUAGACCAGCAAGCUCUCCUAGUGGAUUGAUUACCAAGGUUAAGAGUGUAGUGCAUGGGAAAAGUGGCUAUAAACAAAUGGAUAAAUAAAAAGUCUCAUUUUAUGCCAAUAAACUAAGACUGAAAAGUAUCCUAUUUAUGGAGGUGUUCUUCUUGGAAACAUACGAAACGUACAUAUUAUACUAUGCAUAAGGGUCAUAAGGUGACGUUUAAAGACUGAACACAAGAACUUUACUCUGAAUAACUUGAAAUGAUAGGUGGAUUGUAUUUAGAAGGCCAGUGACAGAUGAAAAAUACACAAGUGGUCUACUUGAAUUAUUGUAUUUUAAAUACAUCUUCUGAAGGGAUGAUAUAUUCUGUAUUUUAUGAGAAAUCAUUGGAUAAUGUAAUUUUAUAGUACUAUACUAUGUUCUUAGAAUCUUUAUCUGUAAUAGUGGUAUAUCGAUAAAUAAAUUGGAUUUAUCAAUUGUGGCUGAUGGACGGAUACAAUACAGAGAAGCAUGUAACAUUUUACAUCUCAAAACUUGUCUGUCCUUAUCAAUGAAAUCAAUGCAUGGCAUGUUUUUAAGGAUGUGUCUAGAUCAUGAACUAUACUCAACAUACUCGAAUGACAUACUGGCCAAUAUUCAUAUGAACAUCAUAUUCUAUAUUAGGGGCCUACUACUUCUAUGUGAUCAUAUAGCAUCAGAUAUUCAAUAUUGAAAAAGUGUGAUAAAAAGAACCGUAUAAGGAGUUUACUUAUAUAGUAUACACGGAAGUUUUAUAUUUCAAUAAAAUUAUAAUAGAUUUAUAAAAUGUUUUAGAACAUAUAGACUGUUUUGUUAUUAUCCCAUGAGAUGGAUAUAGAGAAGCCAUCCAUCU